AUGGCCCUGGCAGAACAACCCUAUGCAAAAUCAGUAAUCAAUAAUCUCACACAAUCUCCUUCUCAAGCCGAUAAACUUGCCAUAACUACUAGCACCGCGGAGACAUCCAUGAGCGAGGUAUUCGACCUACUUCGCGGGUCAGUCUUCGAAGAUGUGUUAAAUAUUCUUGUUGCCAACAAUCCAGACCGUCCAAAUCCCAAGCUAUCGCCUUUCAUCAGUCAUCGGAUUGCGGCAGAAGCAGCCUCAGAUACACCCCUUCGCGAGAUCUCGUUCAGCAUUGAAACCCUAGACAAAUACGAAGCCGCUGAGUAUGUAAGGCCAGAGUCGUUAGUUAUACACAGGGCGGACGGCGGCGUUGUUACUGUUACAGAUGUAGUUAAACAGCUCUCAGCCCGCUUCAUCGCACAUAAGGAUGAAAUACUAGAAGCCAAAGAGCCCUUACUCCACGCGACUAUCCACAACUCAAAUAACAAGCUACGGAUAAGCAACCUCCCACUCCCUAUAGGUCAGGACAUACCGGAAGACACGCAAGUCUAUUUCAACAGAUUUUUUAGUAGAAAAUGCCUACAGAAUCUACAAGUUUAUAUAUUAGGUUAG